GAGGGCCUGCUUUUGGGUAACCGCGAAAGGGGAUGGGGAGGAACCUCCCCAAAACUGCUGGUGCAGGAAAGGAGAUCAAGAGCCGCUAGAGAGGCUUCUGUGCUUUAAGAAUGUGAAUGUGAAUGUCACAGGAAGGGGGCUUUCUUAGUUCUCAUUCUAAGAGUUUUUGUACCUGGUAACAUGCAAGAGAAUUACAAUACUAUCAAUUCUCAAGGCUUAUCUAUAUGACCACCAUAUAUGGGAGAAGGAAGAAGCUGCAUCCCAUCAGCAAAUCACAACUAUAUAGGUAUUCCAGUUCCUAUGCUGACCUUUCAGCUGGUACAGAGGGAAGAUCCGUUUGUGCCUGGUCCUCAGGCCCUAGGGGAGAAGAAGACACCAUCAGAUGCUCACUUAGGCUUUCCAAAUAAUACAUUAAAACUGGAAGAACCAGCUGAGAGAUAUGAGACCUCCCCGAGUGCCCAAUCAGGAAUCCCUGAUGUGAUAAUUAAGGUGGAGGAGGAGGAUAAUCCUUCAGCAGAGUGCAGGACAUUCCCAAAUAUCCACAAAGGAGUCUGUGAGCAAGGAAUUGAGAUCGACCAGGGUCUUUGGCUAGGACCUGAGGAGAGAAGAAUGUCAGAGGACAUGCAUGAGGCAAGGAAGUUGCUUAACAGACCCAUGGGGAAGAGAACAGCCAACAAACCAGCUGGUGUCCGUGGGGUUUCAUGGAGGCGGGAUGAGAUCCUGGAUCUUCUUGCCCUCUGGGGGGAGCAGAAUGUGCAAGAAGCUCUCCGCAGCUGCCAUCGAAAUAUUGACUCUUUCGAGAUGAUCUCGAAGGAGAUGGCGAAGCGGGGCCACCACCGUUCAGCCGUGGAGUGCCGGACCAAGGCGAAAGCUUUACGUCUGGAGUACAAGCGAGUGGUCACGCUCAACAGCCAGACAGGCAGCAACCGGGCAACCUGUCCAUAUUUUGAAGAACUCCACCGCAUUCUCCGAGGGGAUGCCAGUGUGAAGCCAAAGCGGGUGCCGCGCAGUUUAAACUCCCUUCGCAAGAUUGCUUUGCCCCAAAGGCCCCCUCCCAUGCUGCAGGAAGGCUCAGAGCAGCUCCUGGCCUCUGAUUUACAGACUGUCAAAGUGGAGAACAACCUGGAGGACGUGCGUUGCUCCACCCCUGCGCCUUCAGGAGCUGCCAUGAUGGAUCCUGUGGGCAGCCGACCCAACACCCACCCAAAGGAGGAGGCUGAUGAGAUGCCGAUAGAGGAGGCAGCCACACCAGCUCACACAUCUGGGGAUGAGGAGCAGUGUGCCAGGACCCCGGAAAGCCCAACGGGGAGUGCUAGAGGAGGUGUUGAGGCUGAGCCCCAUCCAGCAGAGCUCUCCCCUGCUACACGCCUGGCUAAUGCACGUGCCAAGAAGCGCCGUGUACCUGGUCUCUACAGUGUGGCAGAGCGCAUGAUGGAGCAGUCCAGCAGGGAGCACAGCCAGGAAAUGGAGGAGCGCCGCAGGGAACAUGCUGCCGAAAAGAAGCGGUGUGCGGAUGACAUGGCAGAGCGCCGCAGGCAGCAUGAGGAAAUGAUGGCGGAGAUGCGGGCGGACAGGGAAGAGGCGAGAGAGGACAGGAGGGUCGUGGAAGAAGCCCUGCAGCGCAACUUCUGCAUCAUGGAAGCCGCGAUGAAGAGCUUGGACAGACUGGGGGAGUUAAUUAUGCAGCAGCAGCAGCAGCAGGGCUCUUUCCCACCCCUCCAUCCCUUGCCCUUAAACUCCAACAUACCUUCUGCGCAGCAGUUGGACCUGGACUUAACUGCUGCCACUACAUCACAAAGCGAAAGUCAAUCCUCCCAAGCACACCCAUUGCGACCUCCCAGGGUUGUGCGCCCCAGGUCUAAGUACUCCCCCGAUAUGUAAUGUGUCCCCACUGCUGGAGUACUCUAAUCUAUAGUCACCCAGCGUUAAAAUCUCACCCCCCAAUCUACUUGCUGGUUGUCCCCCUUCCUCUCCGGCCCCUUCAUAUCUGGAUUCCUAUUCGAUAUAUAAAAUCUCAGGUUUCUUUCUUUAUAAUUUUUCAAACAAAGGUAUUCCGUUUAAGAAUGAUUAGAUUUUUAAAGCAAAACAGUAUUGAUUUAUUCUCACCAAAAAUGAUUUUUUAAAAAAACCUCCAUGCUAUAAAACUACAAAAGGGUGAGUUGGGGGAGACUGUGUACACUAAAUAACUAUUUACAAAAUGGGUGA